CAUUGUUGAGUGUGUUUUUAUUCUGAAUUUUUUUCCGUGUAAUUUUUUAAAAGAAAAAGUCGUUCAAAAGAACCGAGCGAGCAAAAGGAAAGCGAGCUGGCGGAAGGAUACGAGGAGGAGGAGGGGUUUUGAGACGGGUGUUAAAGGCGAGCCCGGUCGCCUCCCGCUCAGUGUGCUCGCUCUGCUUCUCGGUUUUGUUCGGAGGUGUCGAGUUUUCUCUCAGCGGAUUUCUUUAGCGGAGUGGCUACUCGUCCUCGUAGAAAUGGCUGAUCAGCUCACAGAGGAACAAAUUGCAGAAUUCAAGGAGGCCUUUUCACUAUUUGACAAGGAUGGAGACGGCACCAUCACAACUAAAGAGCUGGGUACUGUUAUGCGCUCCCUGGGUCAGAACCCAACAGAGGCAGAGCUGCAGGACAUGAUUAAUGAAGUGGAUGCUGAUGGAAAUGGAACGAUAGACUUCCCUGAGUUCCUCACUAUGAUGGCCAGGAAGAUGAAGGACACAGACAGCGAGGAGGAGAUCAGAGAAGCCUUCCGUGUCUUUGACAAGGAUGGUAACGGGUAUAUUAGCGCUGCUGAGCUGCGUCAUGUGAUGACUAACCUCGGAGAGAAGCUGACUGAUGAGGAAGUGGACGAGAUGAUCAGAGAAGCGGACAUUGAUGGAGACGGGCAGGUCAAUUAUGAAGAGUUUGUACAAAUGAUGACGGCAAAGUGAAUGCCUUGUACAGAUUUUGUAUAAUUUGCCUUUUUUCUUUGUGUAAUUUCUGUAAAAUCUUAAUAGCCCCAUUUGUUCCUGCCCCUCUGCUGUCCAAAGGAACUGCAUGUAAACUGCGUAGGCUCUUGUCCCCAUCUCCUUUUCUUUUUCCUGUCACGGUGUUUGAGAGCGGCAGACCGUUAGAACCGCCAGGUGCUUGUGGAGGCCUCUGGGAGCGGGGUGCUUGGGCCCCUCCACGCCUGGCGACAUUGGAAACUUGUCAGCUGGUUGACACUUGGCAACACUGACAUGGAAGCGGUGUGGAGGAAUUUAAACUCUGCAUGGACUAUGGACGGCGUGUUUAUGGACUUCUCUCAGCAUUGCACUACUAAAGGACACGGGUGUAUCUCUUCCGUUCUCAUACAAUCUUUUGAAUGAUCUAUUUACAACAGAAACGGCUUAUUUGCCAUGCUUUUUAAUAUUUGACACUUUUUUUUUUGCCUCAUGCCUCUUAACAAUCCAUUCCAGUUGUGUAUUUGUUUUAAUAAAAUUUACAAUCCACUCAGUUGGAAAUUGUCUUGUUUUCUCAGAAUGAUUUUAUUUUGUUUACCUGGUUUUUCCUCUUCUGUGUGAGGACAGGAUAGUUUUUGUUUUUGCUGAUGCAUCAAAUGUUUACAAUGUAGAAAUGCCCAGUUCUCUUCUAAAAGCUUCACCGAGCUUCAGAAAACCCCCGGUUCUGUCCAGCUCAGAAAUGUUGACUUAUUUUCUCACUCCUCGACUGUCCAGCUCCUGCCCAGACCGUGUCGGGCCCGUGCCUGCAUGGUUCUGUUGAAGCUGACUGCCCGGUGUCUUACUUGGCAUUUGUUGCAAUCGGUGUAAAUAGAGGUGUACCUUUUUCUGACUGAGUGUUUCGGUAGUUUGCAGAGAUGCUAGAUUUAUUUUGAAUUAUGAAAUAAAGCUUUAUUGUAGACCUGU